AAGCGGGUCCAGAUGUUCUUUACGUGUGGGAGAAAUCCCUGUGGGAAUCCAGGGACGCCCAUCAGGAGACUGAUUAUUAUGGGAUGCCUUUUCCAUAAAAUUGUGGUCAAAAAAUGAAGGAGAACGUGGUUCCAUAGAACCGUGGGGGGUUUCCCACCAAAAACCUGGAUUUUCCAGAGAAGAACACUUCAGCAGUGCGUUAUUUUUUUGGGAUGCUUGAGCACCGCCUGGAUCCCUCUGGAAUCUCCUCUCCGAGCGUUUUCCCGGGAUGGCAGCGUGGGAACGAUCCCUGUGGAUCCAGCAGUGGAGGAUUUGGGUCGGAUCCCUCCGGAAUGAGGGCUCUGGGAGCUCUCCCAACUCCUGUGGCUCCUUCCAAGGCUGGGAAUUUUAUCCAGAUCCUCUCCCGGAGAUCUCAGAGCCGUCAGCUCCCAGGAUUUGCUCGGCCUUGCCCGAGGGUUCUUCCUUGGAAUGUUGGGGGCCGUUGUGCCCCGGCUGUGACAUCAGAGUCGCUCCCAUGGGAGCAGCUCCAGGGCCUGGUGUGGGCACGGAGCGAGCGGAGCCAGCUCGGCUCAGACCGCCCUGGAUUCCCAUGGAUCGGCCCAAACAGAGGUUGGAAUGUUGGGGUUGGAUUUGGGCAGUGCUCCGGACUCUGGGAUGUGUUUGUGUAAAUCGGGAUUGGAUGCGGCCUCCGUGAGGAAUUGGGAUUGCCUCACACUUCCACAGCGUUGUUUGGGAGAUCCCAGCAGGGAUUCCCGCUGGAAAUUUGGAGUUUGGUGGGAAAAAUGAAACUGGAGCCGCUCCUUUUCCAGCGGAAAUCCAUCCAAAAUAAAAUCCAUCUCAAAUAAUGUGGGCAGUCCUACAGAGAGGGGGGAGCUUCGCUCUUAAAUUGCCGAACACGCCCAAAACUGAUGGAAUUUGGGCAGGGUUGGAUUGGAUCUGAUGGAUCAGAACAUCCUGCUGUCCUGUUUAAAGAAAUUCCCGCUGGAAUUCCUGGAAUUCCCGCCCUGCUGGAUCCAGUAACAGCCGUGCUGUGUCUUUUUUUAGUUGUGCCUCCAGCUCCACAUCGGGGAGGAUUUUCCCAGGUGGAAAGGAUUAGAUCUGCUGGGAUGCCAGAGCCAUCCCGAAGAACCUGGAGGAUUCACGGAACGACUCCGGGGCCUUUGGAGUGCUGAGCUUGGACACAGGAACACCUGGAGAUGGAGCGGGGCGCUAUCGUGGUGAUCCUGCUGUGCGCCCUGGGCAUUCCAGCGGCGCUUCCCUCGGGACCCCUCUCAGGAUUGGAGCCUCCCUCGGGACUGGAGCCCCCCUCGGGCUCGGAGCCCGCCCCGCUGGGGCUGAAGGCCGUGGUGGCCGUGAACUCCACUCCCUGCAGCGUCACCUGCGGGCUGGGCGUGAAGGAGGAGCAGCUCUGCGAGGUCAGCCCGGCCGGGGAGCGCCGGAAUUGCUCCCUGGCGCGCUCCCGCUGCCUCAGCGGCUGGAUCUGCGGGCUGCAGCACCUCAGCAUUCCCGAGGGAAAUCCCGUCCAGCUCACCUGCCUCUCCCCGGACACCGCCAGCCUGGAGGGACAAAACUUCGGCUACACCUGGAAGUUCGCCCGCGGGCUCAUCACCACCAACGACCUCCUGUUCCGUCCCUUCCGCAACCCCAGCCCUUCCCUGCGCUUCUCGCCGGCUCUGGAGUCGCAUUCCGGCACCUACCUCUGCGACGUGCAGGUGCUGAGCUCCUUCCAGCUGGUCAAGAGGAUCUACUUCGGCCUCAGGGUGUUCCCCAGGGGCCUGGUGGACCUGGACUUCCAGAAAUCCCUGACGUGGGAGCAGCAGCUGGCGGCCGGCGCGGUGGAGGCGCCGGGGAACGGCAGCGGCGCGGCGGGGCCGGAGCGGCAGCGGGAAUUUUGGGAGCAGCCGUGGUUCCACGAGGCCGUGCUGGGCAUCGGCAGCGGCGUCAUCGCCGGGAUCCUGCUCAGCUUCGGGCUCUGCUGCCUGGGCAGGGUUUGCAGGAGAAGAGCGUUGGGAUGAAUGAACGGGAUUUGAGGCAGUUCCCUGUCUUUGGCUCUUUGUUGGGAUCAGGAAUUCAGGAAUGAUGGGUGGCAUUCUUG